AUAAAUAUUAUAUUUUAUAUAUAAUAUAUACUAUAUUUAUAGUAUAUCUUCAACGUGCAACAAUCAACGUCAACAAUUAACAAUUUAACAGCAAUUGUUUUCCCAUUGGUUUUCAAAUUAUCAUCAUAAUUAAUUGUUUCAAUGACGCUCAGUCAAGGUAUGGAUUCAGUUCAUAGUGUCCCUGAUGAUGAGAUUUGGCAAGAUUUAGCGUUUGUUUUGUGUGAUCCGAGUAUGGUCAUCAAUGAAACAUUAUCUACCUCAUCAUCAUCUUCUUCUUCAUCUUCAUCAUCAUCUUCCAGGCCACUAUUGGUCAGAAAUAAUCACAAUUCAUUAACAAAUUCAUAUCUUACUCGAUUAUCAAUUGUACCUUCAUCAUUAGCCUCAACUACAACCAACACAAGCCCAUCAACAUCACCCGGAAACAAUAUGAUGAUCAAUGAACAUCCAAUGAUGAUAAAACGUGAAAAACUUGAUGAUUCAGUUGAAAUUAAUUAUAUCAAUCUGAGUAAAAUUAAUCAGCCAAAUAACAAUGAUUCAAAUAGUAAUGAUAAUAAUGAAGAUAUUGUUAAUAGUGACCAAGAUUUAGUUAAAUGUUUAUUAACGAUUAAUCAAUCAAUCAUCAGCAAUGGUAACAAAAGUAACGGUAAACAUUUAGAUGAUAAUAAUGAAAUUAAUAAUAAAAGAAAUGGUAAUAAUAAUAAUAAUAAUAAUAGUAACAGCGAUGGGAACAAUUUAAAUUGUACUAGUUUAACUAAUGGCAAUGAAAAUACAGUAACAACAAUUAAUGGUGAUAAUGGUAAACAAAACAUUGAUUCAAAUAAUGAUAAUGAUAAAGAUAACAACAAAAAUAAUUCAUUGAUUAGUAAUGAAAAUGAUGAGAUUAAUGAUAAAGAUGAAAAUGUAAUCACAAGUAAUCAUAAUAAUAGUAAUCAUUCAAGUCCAUUGAAUGGUGUUAAUUGUGAUGAUGAGACAUCAGAUGAUCUCAAUGGAUUAACAACAUCAUGGAAUCAUCAUCAACCCAAUCAACAACAACAUCACCACCAUGAGAUGGUUUCAAGUGCCAAGGAUCCAAUGAUCUGGUCUAACUCAUCAUCAACAACAACAACAACAUCAUCAAGCCAAACUCAAUUAGCCCAAUCACCAACCCAACAACAACAACAACAACAACAUACAAGUACCAUGAUCAACAUCAAUGUCAAUGGUAAUGCUUUUCAACCCGUUGAAACUUUAAGCUAUUUCUGUGAUUCCCCUUUGAAUGAUCAUCAUCACCAAUCUACUCUUAAUCCUCAUCACAAUUAUCCCUUAAAUGGCUCAAACAGUAAUCACGGUUUUACCUCUUCAACCUCCCCUACCAUUGGACCAACAACAACAUCAUCAUCUACAACGACAACACCAACAAGCAACACUAACACUGGUGCUAACGGCUACUCAUGUAAAUACUUUUCACCUUCACCAACAUCAUCAUCAUCUCCCGCCUCACCAACCAAUCAAUUGGUCUCUUCUUCAUCUUUAUCACCAUCAAAUAUAAAACCAACAGUCAACUCGAUACUUCCAAAUGGCUCACUGUCUUCAGUAUCUUCUUCAACCUCAUCCCUAUCGUUAUCUUCAUCUUCGUCCUCAUCAUCCUCGUCAUCACCUUUUGAUAACAGUUCAAGUUUAGUUUCAUCCCUUUGCGGUACCUUAAUACCCUUAAUGGGAUCGCAAAUGUCACCACCAGCAUCACCACCCAACGAGAACAAACCUUAUAUCAACCACCAAUACCCUCCACAUCAUAUUCACCAUCAUUCAAAUCAUCAUAAUCACCACCACCAUCAUCAACAACAACAACCACAUAACCAACAUCACCAACAAAACCAGCAAUAUCUGAAUUCCAGCAAUGAUGAACAAUCAAUUAAACUAGAACACAAUCAUAUAUCUCAUCAUCAACAUCUUCUUCAUCAUCAGAAUACAAAUUUCAACACCAAUAAUAAUCAUUUGCCAUUAAAUCAUCAUAAUAAUCAACAACAACAAUCUCAUCUUAAUCAUCACCAUCAACAGCAACAAAAUAGAUUACAGCAAAUGACAAAUCUCAAUUAUUCUGGAGACAUUUAUUUAAAUGGUAAUCCCCAAUCAAUUGAUCAUAAUCCAAGUGCCCCUUACACCCUGAAUACCCCUGAAUACACUUCCUAUAUCUCACCAAUACCUGUAACUCCUACUUACGGAUCACGUGGUAUAACCACACCUCCAUCACCAUCAUCAAGUAAUGAUCAAGAAAUGUUACUUAGUUCAGGUCAUCUGAAUCAUUUGAAUCAAUCUCAUCAUCAUUUUCAACAACAAGCUCAUCCCUCACAACACCAUCAACAAGAGACUGAUCAUCAUUCACACCAUCAAAAUGUACGUUACAAUAACGUACGUUACAAUCAAAAUGAUGGUUAUUAUGAAUCGACAACAAUUAUGGUUAACCGAUCAACAGUUAAUGGUUUACCGAUAACAAAUGAACACAAUCAACAACAACAACAAGAUCAUCUUCCUCAUCAGCAACAAUCAACACACCAAUCACAUCAACAGCAGCAACAACAACAAGCAAAUCCUCAUUUACAUCACCACCACCAACAACAGCAACAACAACAACAACAACAACAUGCUCAUCAUCAUCACCAUCAUCACCACCACCAAAUAGCCCCAUUAACGGUGUCGAUAACUGCAACAGUUAACCCACUGAUACCAUCAUCAUUAGGUAGUUCAAAUCUUAUACCACCUUCAACUACACCCUCGCAACCACCUCAAUCAGUUCAUAUGCAACAACAGCAUCAACCACCUCCAACAGCACCGAAUGUAGCAACAACAACAACGACAACAUCUUCGACAGGACAAAAAAUUGGAUCAACAACGUCAAUAGGAAUUGUGGUUAAAAGUCGCCGUGGACGACGAAGCUCAGGUCGUAAAAAGGUUACAGUUCAUUAUUGCUCAUAUACAGGGUGUGGUAAAAGUUAUUCCAAAUCUUCCCAUUUAAAAGCUCACCUUCGAACCCACACCGGUGAGAAACCGUAUCACUGUAACUGGAAAGGGUGCGGGUGGAAAUUUGCCCGAUCCGAUGAGCUUACCCGACAUUUUCGUAAACACACCGGUGACAAACCUUUUCAAUGUCGACUUUGUGAACGAGCAUUUUCCCGUUCAGACCAUUUAUCCCUUCACAUGAAGAGACACACAAAUCUUUGAACAAAACGAGUGAAAAAAAACACCAAAAAAAACAACUCACACCAUCAACAAUUAGCUAAUUAGUUAGACAAUACUUGCAUUUAAAGAGGAAGCAGUAUAAUAGAAAUUAAAUUAACUCAAAAAUCUCUUAAUUUAGAUGGUAGAAAAUUGAAAAUCCGAUUCAUUAAUUGAUCAAUGCAAUUUUACAAUCUCUCCGAUGAAUAAUAUUCAAUUCAUUCAUUAAUAUUAUUAGAAGAAAAUUGUUUAUAUUAAUUAUUCUAAACUACAUAUUACCACACCCUGAAUUUGUCUCUCUCUCUCUCUCUCUCACCUUUGCCAUCAUCUAUCAUCUUCAUUUAUCUCCCAUUUCCUCUUCCGUCACCCAGAAAAAAUCACCAACUUCUUACCUCUCGAUUCCUUCCAAUUGAACAUUCGUCUUCCUUAUAUAAUCAAUCAAUUGUAUCAUAAAAACAAAUAAUUUUAGUGUAACAAAGUCAAACAAACAAUUUAAAUUAAUAUAACAAUCAUGAUAUUAUAUUAAUUAUGAUAAUCAUAAUGCUAAUAAUAAUAAAAAAACAACCAACAAUCAACACUUGAA